GCCGGUCGUCUACCAAUAGUCACAUACAGAUCUUAAAGGGCCUCUGUUAUAAUAUAAAGACUUGACAGUUCAAAAGAGGUAGCGACUUAAUCAAUUCAUCACUGGAGAUACCUUCACAGUUGGCAGAGUCCACUAAAAAAGUGAUCGGUGAUGGCUGACUUGUGAUGUCUGUUGGAUCAGGGAGGUCAUUGACAUCCGCAAGCGGGGCCCGAAGACCAUCAACAGGGACGAGGGGGCUUAUAUGCUCUCUUCUGCCUGGACCAGCAUCCUGGAAGAGUGAAUGAGGGGUGUGACUCGCCUGUCAAUCUGACAGGUGAGUCACGCCUUCAUCCAUCUGCUGAUAAAGGGGCAGUUUACAUGUACACGCAGACGAGACAGGAAGAGGCGCUGAGGCGAAAAAAAAAGUCAAGAUGGCAACCGGUCCAGAAAAUGGACUGAAAAGGAUAGUUUGGAAAAGAAUUAAAGACACAAUAAUUGAAGACUGCAGAAAAUCUGAAGUAUGGAAGAUAUUGAUCCUGGACCAGUUCACCACAAAGCUGCUGUCCUCAUGCUGCAAAAUGUCGGACCUCAUGUCAGAGAAAAUAACAAUUGUGGAGGACCUUUACAAAAACAGAGAGCCUGUUCUGGAAAUGAAGGCCAUCUACUUCAUUACACCAACAGCUCAGUCAGUGGAUGCCUUUAUUGCAGACUUUAAGCCUAAACCCAAGUACAAAUCUGCAUAUGUUUAUUUCACGGAUUACUGCCCUGAUGACUUGUUCAACAAUAUGAAGCUCUACUGUGCAAAGUACAUUAGGAUUUGCAAAGAAAUAAACAUGUCUUUCAUGCCUCAUGAAGCACAGGUGUUCACGUGUGACAAUCCUGGAGCCUUUCAGAGCGUCUACAGUCCCCAUAGUCAGGACAGAAAAAAGACACUGGAGGCACUUGCAGAUCAACUUGUCACACUCUGCGCCACGUUGGAUGAGUACCCAGGAGUUCGAUACAAAAAAGACCCCAACAUGGAAUAUGCUAAAACACUGGCAGAGUUGGUGGAUAACAAACUGUCCAGACACUAUCAGAUGGAUGACAGCAACAAGAAAAAGGAAAAGACUCAAGCCCAGCUGCUGAUUGUCGAAAGAGGCUUUGACCCUGUCAGUCCUAUUCUGCAUGAGCUUACCUACCAGGCCAUGGCCUACGAUCUUAUUGAUAUCCAGAAUGCCACGUACAAGUACAAAUCCAAAGAUGGUUCAGAAAAGCAGGCUUUGCUGAAUGAGGACGACAUGCUGUGGGUUAAGCUGAGGCACAAACACAUUGCUGAGGUUUCUGAACAAAUCCCGAAGAUGGUUAAGGAAAUAUCUGCCAGCAAGAAACAGCCAGAUGGGAAGAUCACAAUCAGCAAUUUGGCUCAAAUGAUGAAAAAGAUGCCGGCAUUCCGUAAACAGCUGACACAGAAAACCGUUCACCUGCAGUUGGCUGAAGACUGCAUGAAACUUUUUUCCCAAAACGUUGAGAAACUCUGCAAAGCUGAGCAGGAUCUCGCAGUAGGCUCCGAUGUGGAUGGAGUGAAAGUGAAGGAUCCCAUGAGGACUCUGUUGCCAGUGCUGCUGAACCAAUACAGCACCUAUGACAAGAUCAGGGCUGUGCUGCUUUACAUCUUCAGUGUAAAUGGAACAACAGAGGAGAAUUUGAACAAACUCAUCCAGCAUGUGAAGAUUGAGGAUGAAAAGGAGGUUAUACUGAACUGGAAAGAGCUCGGAGUCCCUAUCAUAUCUCCCAGUAACUUCUCCCGUAAAUCUACUAGACGUGACCGUUCUCAGGAAGAGACAUACAAUCUUUCCAGGUGGACUCCUGGCAUAAAAGAUGUCAUGGAGGAUGCAGUGGAGAACAAACUGGAAACAAAAGAAUGGCCACACCAAUCUGAGUGCCCAACCGCUUGGAAUGGCUCCGGGGCUGUCAGUGCACGUCAGAAGCACAAAUCCAGCACUCAGGACGAACGUCGGACGGGCUCACGACUCAUCAUAUUUGUCAUUGGAGGAAUAAGCUACUCUGAGAUGCGCUGUGCCUACGAGGUCACACAGGCUGUCAAAUCCUGUCAGGUCAUCAUAGGAUCUUCACACAUUCUGACCCCUACCACUCUAUUGGAUGACAUCAAGGCCCUAAGCAAACGUCCUAUGGAGACAUUCACCCUUGAGAUAGAAGACUAAAGACUGUCAUACAACUAACAGACUGCCCAAAUUCCCCAUCUUUCUAUUAAUGUUAUCAUUAGUGCACUCAACAAACCCCCUUCCAUGGGGACAUGAAGGGAAUGUAUUAUUUUAUAUGCUUUUUUCUGUAUUACAACAAACGUGCGCACAUGAAAGUAACUUUUUGCCAUUUUGAAGCUAGAUUUAUACCAUGGAAUCACCUUUAGACAGUCAAAUGUAUAGUUAGAUGUGGGGAUUUGGAUGGGUUGUUACAUAACAUCAAUUGACCUCACCACCUGGAAUAAUACU